CUUCAGAGGUGGGACUAUUGCACAUAGUUUCUGUCACGUAGCAAAUUCUGUUGUUUCAAGACCAGGUCUUGAGCUCAGAUCACAUUUUGCUGAAAAAUACAAGCAAGCAUUGGCCUUAGCCCCACAAUGUCAUACAUCUCAGAAGCUUUCCACUGGCUUUGCCAUUCACUCUCUCAAGAAGAUAUGCUCGCCCCAAACAAAGAGACAGGGAACUGGCAGGUCUGUGUGGCUCAGCGAGACAAGAAAUGUGGCUGCUCAUCUUGCCAGCUGGCCUGCCAGUUGGUGGAAGAAGAAGAAUAUGUACUGAUUUCAGAGAUUUCCCCAAGCCUGCCUCUCUGGAACCCUACAGAAGAGCUGUCAGAAGGUCUGACAGAGAAAGAACUCACCCCAAGGAGACUGAGGCUCAUUCUGGUGGGGAAAACAGGAAGUGGGAAAAGUGCAACAGGAAACACCAUCCUUGGCAGGGAAGUAUUUGAGUCUAAACUCAGUGCUAAACCAGUGACCAUGGCUUUCCAGAAAGGGAGGCGAGAGUGGGAUGGAAAGGAACUUGAGGUGAUUGACACUCCAGAUAUUCUGUCCUCUCAGGUCCAGUCAGAAAUAGCGGCUAAGGAGAUCUGCCAAGUCAUAGCCUUCUCCUCCCCAGGGCCUCACGCAGUGCUUCUGGUGACACAGAUGGGCCGCUUUACAGAACAGGAUCAACAGGCUGUCAAGCGUCUCCAGGAGAUCUUUGGAGAGGGGAUCCUGGCUUACACCAUCUUAGUGUUUACCCGGAAGGAAGAUCUAGCUGAUGAACCCUUGGAUAAAUACAUGAGAGAGACUGACAACCAGAGCCUUGCCAAGCUGGAUGUGCUCUGUGAGCGGCGCCACUGUGGCUUCAACAACAGGGCGAAGUGGGUGGAGAAGGAGGCCCAGCUGCAGGACCUCAUGAAUAAGGUUGAAUGGAUCCAGUGGGAAAAUGAAGGUCACUGUUACAGCAACAGGGCUUACUAAUACUCCCAGCAGAAGGUUCUGUGCCAAGAAGUCCGGGAAAGACAUAUGACCCAGGAGCAAGAUUCCGAAGAGGUGCUCAACAAAGACUCUUGGCUGGAAGUCUUGUCCAAAAUCCAGGAGGAAUCUGAGAAGACUUACAAAUGCAUCUUGGGGACGAUGUCUAUCUGAGUCCAUGCACAUGAGCAGGAAAUUGCUCAGUCCCUGCAUCCCCAUGUCCAGCCCUACUAUGGACUUUGUUCAUACUCCUAGAGCACUGCCCAAGUCCCCAGGUCACAGUAGUGUGGCAGAGGGUUGGGGCUCUCAAUUCAGGUGCCUGGCUCAUAUACCAGCUCUCCACUGCUUCUUCUAGAGCACUGGGCUCUCCUUCCACCAUAUCCCAACAGCCCGCUAUCUGCAUAUGUGACCUUCUACCUCACCAACAUUACAACUCUUGGGAUUUGUGUCUAUACUCUCAUAGAACCAAAGCUUCCUGAGGGCAGGCCUGUCACUUUCUUCCAUGUAACACCUACACCUGCCUUGCCAUCAGUCAGUCAGUGUCAAUGCAAGUUUGUGUGAGCCAUUGACCAGAUGGCUUCACAUCUCUUGGGCUCUAUUCUCUCCCAUAAAGGGGAUGGGCUUGUUGGCUGUGAAAGUACCUGCUGUGUGUGAUGGGUAGUACGUAGCAAUGAAACAGAAUAGGCAGGCACAGACCCUUCCCAUAAGUUUUCUUCCCCAAUGUGAGCUAAUUUAAUAGAUUAUGUUUUUAAGGUAAUUAGACUGCAACUAGCAACUGGGUUUUUUUUUUUAUCCUUGUAAGAGACUUUCCUGCAACCUUAGUGUGUGCAGAAAUUGUGAGUCAUGUGCAACAAAUGUUAAAUACACCUGUGCAGGAGAGAAGCUGGACUAUAACCCGUGUACGACACCUCCACAGGGAGCCAGUCUGCAACACUUGGCUAUGCACUAUCACACUUGUGCU